UCUGCAAGUAAGUUUUUCCUGUACAUCAACAUGGCGGCGUCACGGUUUCAGUUAGCUCUACUUUUUUCUGCUCUUUGUYUUCGAUUUUCUCUCUGCCAACUUGAUGCAGAUCAAAUAUUAUGGUCAGAAGAUUCGGCGUUUGAGUUUGGAGCUGCGAAGCCAUCUUUAACGGAAAAAUUGUUGGACAUUGACACCAGCAAAAAUAUCCUAUCUCGUUAUGAAAGCAAUACUCACCAAAAAGCUGUAGUAUUUGAUAAACUYCURSAGCCAUCACUCUUAAUGCUGAUCCGUGCUUUUCUCGGCAUUGAACUUGGAGGUUGGAAAUUCAGUUUGCACGAACCCUAUGAAGGCGGCACAGAAACACCCAGUGAUAAUAUACCUUGGGUUAAUGAGCUAGAUUGUAUUAAAUUUGGUAGUUWUAAUGCAAGUCGCGUGUUACAGAAGGCYAUCAUGGAUGUAUCGGGUUCCAAKGAUGUGUAUUUCCCRUAUAGAGUACGAGGCAAGAUUUURCGACGAGGAGAUGCAACAAAGCUCCAUCAAGAUGCAACUAAUGAGGAGGAUGAGUACUCUUUAGUGUUGUUUCUUAAUGAGCAAUGGAAAAAUAACGACUAUGGAGAGAUUUAUCUAUAUGACAAAGACAGAGAAAUCUUUGGUGGUUCUGUUCCAAAGUACGGCCGCGCAGUAAUAUGGCAAAGUUCGGCACCAUAUCUAAUGAGACCCCCAAGCAUGGCAUUUAAGAAAGGUUUAUUUKUACUACAUAUUCAAUUCACCAAGAACAAAGAUAAGGUCUUUCAAAGCCAGCGCAACUAUGAACUUGCAAGAGCUCAGCACAUAGUAACUGUAACAGGAGACUUUGUCGGUGCCAACAAGCCUGCACCAGCAUCCAUUGAUGUUGAUAGUAAACAAGUUGCCCAGUACCAGACCAAAAAUGGGAAAAAGAUAUUCGUCUUCGAUGAUUUAUUUGACAAGAAAGAUUUAGAUCAGCUUCGUGUGGUAAUACUGAAAUAUGGGCAAUAUUAUUAUGACGACAGUGAAGUCGAUGAUAGUGAUAAUGUUCAGUGGAUUGCAGGGUUUUCUAUCGAUAGUUAUAUCAAGAGCAGGUUAUGGACAAUAACUCAUAAGGUCGCAAGUCACGUGUCUGGAACAAACAAAUGGUUUCCGUAUGACGUCUCGUGUAACCUUAUAAGGAAUGCCGACCAUACUCGAAUCCACAACGACUGUACGUCGGAAGAGGAUGAAUGGACUUUCCUUAUUUAUCUAAAUCCGAACAUGACCCAAAAUGACUACGGAGAGACUGUCUAUUACGAAGCCGAUACGACAAAUCCCGAGAUUGCUGCCGAAGUGAGGCCGAAGUAUGGUCGAGCGGUAAUCUUUCAAGGUAUCAUUCCMCACUCGGCCCGCCCUCCAAGUACCAACUAYAGCUACGCUCGUCUCACGUUUGURGCAAAGUUAUCCGUCAACGAGUUUGUUGGACGCACAAAGUCUUUCAACGAAGAGAUGCGACAUUUUUCUGGUGUGAGGUACCAACAGGUUUCCCUGGAAAAUCGAGCAGCUGGUGGUGGUGACCAGRCACAAUCGAUUAAAAGACGAAAGACCAGUAAAUAUCCAACUGAUCAAGAGGACCAAAGUGAUGAAMGCGAUGACCAGGAAGAUGACGAGUAUGAUGAACAACAGCCACAAGAGUCUCAAAAACCUCAAGAAUCCCAGAAACCACAGCAGCCCCCAAAACCACAGGAAAACCAGGAAAUGGACGAMGACGAAGAACCAGAAUUCGAAGAUGAGCAAUUACAAUCGCUGCAAGAAAAAUUACAAAAGAUCGAGGAGGAUCCCAAACGUCCCCUAGAGUCUUUGCGCGCCCUGCACAGAGAACUGGUAGCUUCACAUGCUUUGAAUCGAGGUCUGSUGCGUAAGAAUUUGGAGAUGGUUCUGUAACGGUUUGUGAUUGGUUUAAAGAGGCAUGUCAUUCAUAAUCACGUGCCAGCAAUGCGAAAGCGUAAUAGUUGUUAAAUAAAUCUACGUGAUCGUUGAUUUCUAACCCAUAAAAUAAAUGAUGUAGAUAUAUAUUGACACCCGUCAAUCACUUUUGUUGGACAUCCCCCUCUUUCUCUCGUUAAAUUAAUUAGAAACUAUUUAUUAGGCAAACUCGGUCCUAGGUCCCUUUCAGCAAACAAAAUAGGAGAGGAUCUGGGAUCGAGGUUGGUAAAUCAAGUUUUUUUAUUUCACACUCGGAUGAAAACCACUCGUUUCUGUAGCUUGGCCAUGAUGCACUUAAAAAAUAGAUUAUUAUAACUUUUUAUAACACAAGGAAGGGGUAUUUUAACCCAAAGUUUCACAAUAUUUGUGAUGAUAAUGUAAAUCAGCCAUUUAAUUUAUUCGUGUAGUUUAAAGAAAUAAACGACCCAUGCGUAAG